AUGUUCCUGCCUCUUAUCCAUGGAGACAGCGUGACUGGUGUUGCUGGUGUUUUUGAUUCUGACAGAAAUGUCACCAAACGAGGUGGAGGAGGAGGAGGAGACGUCCCUCUCCCAGUGACUGGCCGUGUAGGGGAGACUGUCACACUGACACCCCGUCUGACUCUCACACAUCCCAUUGAUAGAGUCACAUGGAUAUUUCAUUUCAAUGGGAAAAUAAUAAUCCUGGCUGAAUUCAGAGACCAGAAUUUUAUCAGAGUGAAUAACAACUACUUCCCCAACCGGCUGGAAGGGUCUAACAGUGGCACCGCAUUACUGAUCAGGGAGCUGAGAAUGGAGGAUUCUGGGAUCUUCACUGCACGAUUUCUUGUUAAUGGAGAACGAAGAGAGAUUUCUUAUAUUCUCACCAUCUUUGAUCCAGUUCCCACCCCAGAUAUAAAGAUGGAGAUGGAGCAGAUUAGCCCUGACUGGUGCAAUUUCACCCUUCAUUGUUCUGCCCCAACAAACCCAUCAGCGCUGUCCUACAGUUGGAUGUACAGACACAAAGGCCGGUACCAGCCCUAUCCCAAUGGUACCACAAUACGUGUGUCACUGCAGCCUGAAUCCUGGGAUGGGGAGUAUCUGUGCUUGGUACAGAACCCGGCUGAUCAGAAAAAUGUCUCUAUUGCCCCUCGGGAAUUCUGCCCUCAUACCAGGCUCACAAAAGCCACGACUGAUAAAAGCUGUGGGAUGAAGCUGUACAUGUACCUGCCCAUACUCACUGCUCUCUCCGUGUCAGUAGCAGCUCUCAUCAUUGUGACAAGAACUAAAGGGGAAGAACAAAACUAACAGAGAUUCAUUGUAUUCCUGCAACUGAAGGAGGAGGAACUGAAAAUCUUCUACACCUCCUGUUUGUUUCUUGUGCACAGACAAUGAAGAGCAGAGACUGUGGCGUGGUGGUUAGUAUUGCUGUUGUGUAGGGGCAAAAUUGAGUCAGUGAGAACAAGGUUUCUCGGGGCCUGCUAUGUGGGAGCAACUGCCUAUUCCAAAGGGAGAGGUACUUUGGGGCAGGGAGUGCUACCUGGGGAAACCAAAUUAGCUCUGGGGAAGGACCUUUGCCAAAGCAGGCUUUAUUACUAUUUUCAUUUUACAGUUAUUGUAUUUUCAAACAGUUAUAUAAAGUUUGAUAU